ACAAAUGAUACACCCUCGCCACAUCUGAGUUGACCCCUCCUGACCCUGCCAUGAUCAGCCCAGCUCGGAACUUUUAAAUUCUCCCCUAUUUUGAGCAGAAUUGGUGCUGGAAAGUGAACAAGAGCGAUUUUAUAAAUGACAGACUACGAGGAAGACCAGAGGAAUGAGAUAGAAGCGCUAGAAUCUAUUUAUCCAGACAUUUUUGAAAUUCUAGAGACGGAGCCACCCUGUUUCAGGCUAUCCGUGUUGGCUGAGGCAGACAGCUAUGAAGAAUGCGACCCCCUCGGAGUUGACCUGCAGUUCACGUACGUCCCCACCUACCCUGAUGCCCCUCCUGACAUGGAGGUGUUGUCACCACAGAACCUUACAGAGGAGGACGUCAGCACUAUACAGGAGCUGCUACAACAACAGGCUGAGGAGAACCUGGGCAUGGUGAUGGUGUUCACCCUGGUGUCAGCUGUGCAGGAGAGACUGAGUGAACUGGUGGAGGAGAAGAAGAAACAGGCAGAAGAAGAGAGGGAAAGAAAACAGAGAGAAGAAGAGGAGAAAGAAAAGAAAAGAUUUGAGGGUACCCGAGUUAAUAUAGAAACCUUUCUGGCGUGGAAAGCCAGGUUUGACCAAGAAAUGGCUGAAAAGAAGAAGUCUAAAAAAGAUGAAGACAACAGUAAAAAGUUAUCAGGAAAACAACUAUUUGAAAGAGAUACAUCUCUGAACGACUCAGAUGCAAGAUUUUUGGACAAUGAAGACAUUACUCUUGGUGCAGGUGAUGAGAGUGUGGAGGUCGACGAGUCUCUAUUCCAAGACAUGGCCGAUCUUGAUCUUGAUGAGGACCUUGACCUUGAAGACUGAGGAUCCUCCUUGAAGGCAUCGUGCAGCUUCUCAGGAGGGACAAGAUUAGGGGGAUUAUCCAGGAUGCCGACAUUUAAGACUCACAAAAUAACUUAAGAAGGGCUUACGGUACAUAAGCACCCUUGAAAUAUUUCAUUUACAGUUCCAGCGAUUGAUAAACUCCAAAACCAUACCAGCCCCAGGAUGGUGUCACUCCUGCUCUUGCACUCGUUUGAUUGCUUCUCUGCAGAAUAGUCUGGCGUCCAUAGAAAGUUAAUUGGCAACUGAAUCUUUGUGAAAUAUAAGAGAAAGCUCUGAUUGGCCCCAAAUUGCACAGGUAUCUGUGACAGCAUGAUAACAGGGUUUGAACAGGUAUUCGGAAGUUCUAUCUCUGUUGAGAAGUAGCCAAUAAGUAACUCUGUAGAUACUCAAUGACUGCAGUGCCAAAUGUUAAAAUGAGGUAUUUGUCAGGGAAGCAAUCAGAGGAGUGAACUAGAGCUACAAUAGGAGAUCCUGUAACAGUCCCAUCCAGUCACUCUGUAUAGACUGGGCAGCAGUGUCUUUCAGCUGCUUUUUCCAGGGCCAGUUUGAAAUAAAGGGUCAGUGUGUUAAAACCUGCUACAUAAAUUCCAGCCUUGAAAAUAUACAGCAUUGUCCAUUCAUUGUUAUCCAACUGCAGCUUGUGAUGUCCUAUGCACUCUAAUAUGUAUGCAAGUGCAGUACAAUUCAUGGGGAUAGAGGUCAUGAAAUUAGAAAUUAAACUUUCAUUUAUGCUUUCUG